CGGCCUGGAAGCUUCGUCCGCUUGCGUUUAAACAGGUCUUUGGUCUCCACCCCGUCCCCGCCUGGCCUGCAGACGUGAUGGAGGACGAGGAGAGGCGGAGGAAGCUGGAAGCCGGCAGGGAGAAGCUUGCUCAGUAUCGACAAAGAAAAGCCCGACGUGAUGGGCAGACUACUAAGAAGAAGACAAAAAAAAUUUCAAGCUGUAAACAAGAUGAACACAGCUCGAAUAUUAAUGAACAAACCGAUGAGAUGUCCAUGAAUGGUUCUCAAGGUGUAGAAUCAGCCGGGAAUCCUGAUUCUACCAAAAUGAGAGCUCUUCCCAGUGGACAAAUAGAGAAGCAUAAUCAGGUCCUAGUUGAACCUGAAAGCUCAUUUUCUGCGAUAGCAAACCACUAUAGUUCACUAGAGGAAGAAGAAUUUGGUCUUGAUAAUUCUUAUUAUGAACAAGGAGCUCAGUGCAGUCACACCUGUGUCGAGAUGACGGAAAAUGAAUUGGCUGGAAAACAGCAUGAGAUUGAAGAACUAACUCAACAACUGGAAGGAAUGAGGGCCACAUGUGGGACUGAAGUCUUGCAGAGGUUAUAUGAAUUUGAAGCUGCCAUUAAACAACGAGACAACAUCAUUACUCAGCUAAUUGCUAAUUUGCAGCAAGCAAGAAAAGAGAAGGAUGAGGCAAUGAAAGAAUUUUUCCAGUUGACAGAACAAAGUCAGAAAUUACAAAUUCAAUUCCAGCAUUUACAGGCCAGUGAGACAUUGCGGAGCAGCACCCACAGUAGCUGUGCUGCGGAGCUGGUUCAAGUAAAGCAGCAAGUCCUCGCUCAGCAACAGCAGCUAGAAAAACAAAACCACCUGUUAAAACAUUAUCAGGAAAAGGAGGAGGAAUUCAAAACUCAAAUCACCUUUUUACAAGAGAAAAUUCAAGUAUAUGAAAUGGAAGAAGAUGAAAAAUUAGAAAAUGCUAAUAAAAUACAAGAAAAGCAGGCAAUCAUUGACGUGUUGCAGGAAAGAAAGGUUGAAGAAGAGAAGAGGAGAGAUGCACUGCAGAGGCAGUUAGAAACUACUGAGAAAUUAGUGGGAGACUUAAAAGAACAGCUUACAGAAAAGGACCAAGAGACCCAAAGCUUAAAACGGGAGCUAGCCAUUUCUAAAGAAAAAGAAAAGCAAUAUUCUUCAGAAAUUAAACAGUUCAUGGGGACAGUUGAAGAACUCCAGAAGAGAUGUUACAAAGAUAACUCUUCAGACACUGAGAUAGUGCUAAGAAUGGAAAAAGAAGCACAGCGGAAAUUAGAUGUCCUCCAAGCUGAGCUAGAUGAGAUGUACGGCAAACAGAUAGUGCACAUGAAGCAAGAAUUAAUAAAGCAACACAAAUCUCAGAUAGAGGAUCUUAAAUCCCAGCAUAGAGGAGAAAUGGAGAAUACUUUAAAGUCAUAUGCACAAACUACAGUCAGUACGUGCAAUAUGUGUAAAGAGCAUAAAGAACAACUAGAGUUAUUGCAUGUAGCUAUAAGUGAACAGAAUAUAAAACUGCAAGAUACUCUUUCUGAAAAGGAGAACCUCAGCGAAGAGCUCUGUGUAGUUACAGGAGAAAAAUGUGUGCUUCAGAGUCAGUUUACUGAUCUUUUAGAAGAAUUAAACUUUUUAAGAGACCAGAUUCAUAGAGCAAGGCAGACAAUAUCUGAACAAGAAAAUAAGCUAAAUGAUGCUCGCAAAUCCCUCAGCACAGUUGAAGACUUGAAAGCUGAGAUUUCUGCAGCGUCUGAGUUCCGGAAGGAGCUGGAGUUUAAACAUGAAUCAGAAAUUACAAACUACAAAAUAAAACUUGAAAUGCUAGAAAAAGAAAAGAACGAGGUACUAAACAGGAUGGCGGAAUCCCAAGAAGCAGAGCUGGAGCGAUUGAGAACACAGCUCUUAUUCAGUCAUGAAGAAGAACUUUCCAAGUUAAAACAAGAUCUAGAAGUUGAACAUCGAGUAAAUAUUGAAAAACUUAAAGAUAAUUGGGCCAUUCACCACAAGCAUCAGAUAGAUGAGUUAGAAAAUGAAAUGAGCAAGAAGAUGGAAAGGAUACAGUGUGAAAACGACAACUUGAUAAGUAAGCAAAAUCAACUAACUUUAGAAAUUUCUGAGCUAAGAGAUUUACAGCAGUCAAGUAUUUAUUUGAAAUCAGAACAAAUGACUCUUCAGAUUAAUGAGCUUAAAAAAGAAAUUGAUAUCCUCAGACUUGAAGAAAAGGAAAAGGGUACACUUGAACAGGAAAUUCAGGAGUUACAACUUAAAACUGAAAUACUAGAAAAACAACUGGAGCAAAAAGAGAAGGAUUUUAAAGAAAAAUGUGUAGAACUUGAAGUAGAGAAUAGCAUUCUUAAAGAUGAGAAGAAAGUCCUUGAAGACCAGUUAAAAUUGUACACUCCUAGUGACCAAAAAGAAAAAUUAAUAUCCUUAGAUUCUAAUGCAUUCCUGUCAAAAGACUGUAACUGCCAAAAAGAAAUUGAUACCCUUACAAAGGAAAAGGAUGACCUGAAACAGCAAUGCAUUCACCUCAGUGAGGAGAUUGAAAAGCAAAGGAAUACAUUUUCCUUUGCUGAAAAGAACUUUGAAGUUAAUUAUCAAGAGUUACAGGAGGAGUAUGCUUGCCUUCUCAGGGCAAGAGAUGAUUUAGAAGACAUUCAAACUAAGCAGGCUUUGGAGUAUGAAAAUAAGCUUAAAGCACUGACCGACGAGCUCCGUUUGCAAAGAGGAAGCCCGGUAAUGCACAGAGAGAAGCCUUUUGACUUUAUUGAUGCCAAAGCUUUUCUAUUGGAACCAUUGGAAGUCAGGGGGGUAGUUGAAAAAGGUAUUACAGACGUUAACAAAGGUGGGGAAAAAGAGUUGAUAUUGCCAACAAGAACAACUGAACCAGGUGAUUGUACAGUUGAACCAUGUGAAAAACUCCAGCAAGAGCUUUGUGCCCUCCAAGCUCAGCAGGAUGAUUUGAAGCUGCAGAUGGAAGCCCAAAGGAUAUGCCUUUCCCUAGUUUAUUCAACUCAUGCAGAUCAGGUUCGUGAAUAUAUGGAAAAGGAAAGAGAUGAAGCUCUUUGUAGCCUUAAAGAUGAGCUUGUUUCUGCUCAAGAAAGAAAACUGGUUGAGCUUCAUAAAAUGCACCAAUGCCAACUUCAGGCUCUUCAGAGACAGAAGACAGGUGACUACAAGGAGCCUUUGCAGGUGCUCAUUGGAAGACUUCAAAGGGCAGUAUCUGAAGAGUGCUGCUCUAUUUCAGAGACUCUAAAUACUUUUCUUGAUGAACACUAUUCUCCUUUAAAAUGUGAAAUGAAUAUAGAAGAGAAAGAAAAUUCUGGUGUAUACAAUGAAAAUCCAAGUCUAAAAUUCCAAGAAUAUAGAUACCAAGUUCAAGAUUUUCAAGAUAAUAUGGAAAAUCUUCUGAGUAAAGUAACCGAUCAACACAGCAAGCUUGUGACACUGCAGAUGCAGUUAAGCAAGGAUCACAGACAGCAAGAAGAUGCUGAGAAACUUGAGUUUGCAGAAGAAAAUGGUGCAGGAGAGGAAACAGGGUUGUUAUCAGUUCGCUCUCAGGCUGCUUUACAGAACAAUGACAUCAGUCAUGAGAGCGAGGUGUCUUCUCUGCCAGAGAGUGAAGAAAGUAAAGAACAUGAAAAUCCAGUUCAGGGCUUAGAGAGCCCCGGGAACUCCUUACAGCAACAGCUGAAAGAAUCGGAAGGGCAUAGAAUAGAGAUCCCCUGUCAUCAGGGAAGCAUUCAGAGCAUCCAUGGACUGUCAGCCCAUCCAAGUGUUGAUCCAUAUGUAUUAAAAGAAUGUGAUGCAGAGGGAAGAGUUUACUAUGGAAAUUGUGUACAUGAGCACAUCACCAGCAUCACAGAGUUUUCAGAUGGAGUUGAAAGUAGUCAAGAAACAAAUAUGGUUAAAUUAUUGGAAAAGCAGUACAAAGAACGAUUAGAAGAAGAAAUAGCUAAGGUCAUCGUGUCAAUGAGUGUAGCAUUUGCUCAACAAAUGGAACUGUCUAGAAUAUCUGAGGGGAAAGAGAACUCUAUACAAUCAGAACAAGCACAUGCUCUAUGUUGGCAAGAACACCCUUUUGAUAACAUCACAUCACAGGGUCAAGAAUAUCCAGAGACUCUUACCAGAAUUGACAAGAAUUUUAACGAACAGUUUAAACCACUUAGCAAUGAAUUAGAAGAACAUAGAAAAGUACCUUUGUCUAACCAUGAUGAUCUUAAUGAUGAUAUAUUAAAGUCAAAGGACUAUGCGCUGAGUAUUUCACAAGAAAUAUUUUCCAAAGAUGAAACACUUACAGUUAAACCAUGUAUCCACGAUGAGGUAUCAUACACAGAGACUUGUAAACAGUUGGAAGAUAUGCGGCAAGAACUUGUACGCCAACAUGAAGAACACCAGCAGGCAGCAGAACUGUUGAGGCUGGCACACAUGAGGCAGAUGGAGAGGCAGCGAGAAGACCAAGAACAGCUAGAAGAGGAGAUUAAGAGUCUCAGGGAGCAGUUAGCCCAGAGAUCUUCAAUAAAUACUGAAAACGAGGUUUCUGAGAGAGAGAGGGUGCUUUUAGAGGAGCUGGAAGCAUUAAAGCAGCUGUCUUUAGCUGGAAGAGAGGAGCUGUGUUGUGAGCUGCGCAACAGCAGUACUCAAACACAGGAUGGAAAUGAUACUCAGAAAGUUGAGGAACAUACAUUAAAAGAAGAGACACAGGAAAGAAAACCUGAAGAUUCAUCUCUUGAUGUCAGCUUGUCCAAUGAAAGACAUGCUCUCCUGAAAGCCAAUAAUAGACUACUAAAGAUUCUGUUAGAAGUCGCCAGGACAACUGCAGCUGCUGAAGAAACAAUUGGAUGCCAUGUUCUUGGCAUUUUGGAUAGAUCUAGUAAAGUUCAGCCAGCUACCAACCUGCUUUGGAGAUCAGAAGCAGACGUAUCUGCAAAGCCUUCUGUUCAAGAAGAAAGUGGAAGAGUUACGCAUGAGUCUGUACCCUCUUAUCCUGGAUGUGCCAUAGCGAGAAAUGACAGCGAGUGGUCAAAAGUAACUGAAGAAGGAGCAGACCUCUCACAGCAAUUUUGGACUAGUGUCUUUGCUGGACCAGAAAUAGAUCCUGAAAAUGUAGAGCUAAUGUUGAAUGUCAGCUCUCGACUACAAGCAGCGGUAGAAAAACUACUGGAGGUCAUAAGUGAAACCAGUAGUCAGCUUGAACGUGCAAAAGUUACACAGACAGAAUUGAUGCAUGAGUCAUUUAGACAAAAACAAGAGGCAACAGAGUCACUUAGGUGCCUAGAAGAACUGAAUGAGCGUCUCCAAGAAGAGUCCAGGACAAGAGAGCAGCUGGCCGCUGAACUCAAUAAAGCUGAAAGUAUCAUUGAUGUGUAUUCGGACGAAAAACUUGCUUUUGAAAGAGAACUUCAGGAGAAAACCUGCACAAUAGACCAUCUAGAGCAGGAGUUGUCGCGCGUGAGCAGUAGACUUCAGGAGCUGGAAGAAGAGCAGCAGCAAGUGCAGGAGGAGCGGGAGCUACUGUCCAGGCAGAAGGCAGCCAUGCAAGCAGUGGCUAGCCCCGUGCAGCAGCAAUUUCUUCAGGAGACAGAAAAACUAAUGAAGGAAAAGCUGGAAAUUCAGUCCCAGGCUGAAAAAGUACAUAACAAACUUCAGAAGCAACUGAAAAUUUUAGAAGUAGAUGUUGAAGUAAAAACCAGUAAGUUAAUAGAAAUGGAGCAAGAGAGAAAUGCCGACCUAGUAGAUCUAAGGCAGCAAAACCAAGUACUGGAGAAACAAAUGGAAAAACUUAAAAGAUUUAUUGAUGAACAGGCAAUUGAUAGGGAGCAUGAGAGAGAUGCUUUCCAACUGGAAAUACAGAAGCUUGAGCAGCAACUUAAGGUUGUGCCUCGCCUCCAACCUGUCAGUGCGCAGCAAACCAGAGAGGUCGAACAGUUAACUGGUCAUCUUAAAGAGAAAACAGACAAGUGCAGUGAGCUGUUGCUGUGUAAAGAGCAGCUACAGAGAGAUGUGCAGGAGAGAAACGAGGAGAUUGAGCAGCUGGAGUGCAGAGUACGGGAGCUAGAACAAGCCCUGAUGGCUAAUCCUGACUCCUUCCCCAAGGUAAAUGACCAGAAGCAGUCUGGAGGUAUAGAGGCUAAUCUGGAAGUUCAAUUGCAGGCUGAGCGGGAUGCUAUAGAACGAAAAGAAAAAGAGAUUUCCAACUUAGAAGAGCAAUUAGAGCAAUUUCGUGAAGAAUUGGAAAAUAAGAAUGAAGAGGUUCAGGAGCUCCAUAUGCAGCUAGAAAUACAGAGAAAGGAGUCCACCACUCACCUUCAAGAGCUCCAGCAAGAAAAUAAAUUGUUUAAGGAUGAAAUAAAAAAACUGGAGAUUUUCCUUGUAGACUACGAUCCUCAGUUUUGUCACGAUCAGCCCAUGUUUUUCGGGGAAUUUUCAAGAUUAAUUCAAGAAAAAGAUGACAAAAUUGACCGGUUAAAUGAACAGCUUAUUAAUCUUCAGGAGCAACUUGAAACAGACAACAAGGCUAUGUAUGAAAAAGAUGAACUUAUAAAGGGACUCAAUUCCCAAAUCAAGUGUCUGAUGUGUGAGCAAGGAUCUGUGAAGAAAAAUAGAGAGGAAGAAAUAGCGCAGCUCAAAGGAGUAAUAGGAAAUUGGCAGCAGGAGUCGGCAAGCGUUGAGCAGAAGACAACAGAAAUCACAUUCCAUCCCCCAGAUACAGAAAACCUCCAGUAUCAACUUGAAAUGGGGAAAGCUGAAAAAAGGGCUUCAGAACAAAAAUUAGGAGCCACCAAUGAGGAAACAGCCUGCCUAAAAAGUACUCUUAAAGAAGCCAAUUUGAGAAUGGAUGAGGUUACAGAAGAACAAUGCACUCUAAAGAAAGAACACGUAAAGCAGGAGCAACUGCACACUGUUCCUAAGGAAAGUGUUGGCAUGGCUGUCGAUGAGCUCCAGACAGACACACUGCAGCCGGAAGAUGUCUGUGCCCAUGACUUUUCUAAGCCUCUAAAAAAUGUGACGUCUGUCAGAUGUCUUACAGAAAAUGCCAAGGGUUACAGAAGCCUAGAAAUAAAGUUACUAGGACUGGAGAGUUCUCUAAGAAAGAAAGAUUUAGAACUAAUGCAGUGUCAUAAACAAAUACAAACCAUGCAAGAGCAAGGCCAGUCCAAAACAGAAAUGCUUAAAAAGAAGAUCACAAACCUUCAGAAUUUACUUGAAGAGAAAGUAGCUGAGGCCAUUGUUAGUCAAGCACAACUGGACGCUUUUCAGCAGUAUGUGAACUCCUUGCAAGAGAAGAGAACAUCAGAUCCUGAAAGGACAGACAGACCCAAUGUAAACCCUCUGACAGGAGACAACAUACACUCAGAUGUCUACACAUUAACUGUGAGAAUAGCAGAGUUAGAGAACCAAGUAGCUGAAAUGCAUUCUAGUUUUACAACAGAGAAUCAACAAGUGGAAAUUACAGAGGAAAAGUUUUCUGAUACAGAAAAAGGGCUAGAGCUACAGACACCUUUUGGGGAGGACACUAAGAAAAGGCAGGGAGUUGAAGAAAAUGAAAGAAGCCGUCAAGAUUUUCUUAUCUCUGAGACAAGGGUUGAGCAGAUGCAUGCUUGUGGAGACUGUGGAUUUUUGGAUGAACUUGAAGCUGUUGGAGCCGAAUCAGUGUCUCACAAAGAACUAGCCUGUUAUAAACAACAGGCAGAAAACUAUGAACAGCUUUUGAUAAAAGGACAGCGUACAGCAUCACUCUCAAGAGAGUCAAACAGAGUUACAGAUCAGCUCACAAACACUGAUGAGAAUUUGUUGUACUUCUUACAAAAAGAAAAUUGGACUGGAGCCAAGCAAGCUGGAAAAUUCGCUGCUUCAGAACCAAUUCCUGUAGAUGGUUUCUCUGGGUCCUUGACAGAGGGAGACAGCAAGGUGUCCUCUAUUCCUGGAUUGAUGUAUUCUAAUGCUCACCAAACCAGAGAAAUACGUUCAAGUGAUUCUGAAUCUGAUUGGGGUCACGGGUUUGAUACAGCAUCAGAAGGUGGAGAGGAAGGUGAAAGUUCGGCUGGUACAGUUCCAAGGGUAGUCAAGGGAUUAUUGAGAGCAGUCCAUACUGAGGGCAUGCAGAUGCUUUCCCUUGCAGACUCCCCUGAGGAUGAUGGAGAAGACCAGCAUGAAGAGAAAGUUUCAGAAUCUAGACGAGAAGAGCGGAAAGCUUUCAUCUCUACUAUCUUAUCUCUUAAACAUUUAAUUUCCAAAAUGCAAGUUCAAAGACUGACAGAGGUCUCUGACCAAUCUCUGUCACUUGAGAGCCUCCCAGAUUGGCGAGGUGAACUUUUGCUUGCCCUUCAGGAUGUACUCUUAAAGGAACGGAGUGUAUUACUAGCUGCCUUCCAAACAGAGCUGAUGUCUUCAGGCACUAGAGAUGCUGAUGGAUUAUUGAACUGUUUGCAACAGAGACUACAAGAACAGGACAUUGAAUAUCAAACAGCUAUGGAAUGUCUUCAGAAAGCAGACAGAAGGAGUCUGUUAGCUGAAAAUCAAUCAUUGCAUGCUCAAAUCAAUGGCAGGGAAGUGACUCUGAACAGAAAAAAAGAAACUGACACAUCAAGUCAAGAACUCCUAGACUGCAGAAUGCAACAGUCUUGCAUGUUGGAGGUGCAUGGUCAACAUGGUGGCAUGAAAGACAGAACAGCUGAGCUGCAGGAACAGCUCAGUUCAGAAAAAAUCAUGGUUGUGGAAUUAAAAAAUGAACUCUCACGGACACAACUGGAGCUGGAAACCACACUGAAGGCCCAGCAUGAGCUCCUAAAGGAACUGGAAAUAUUCAGACUAAAGGCAAAUGAAGUUCAUUUGCUUAAUGAUACGUUAGCAAGAGAACAGAAGAAAUCCAAAGAACUCCAGUGUGCCUUGGCAGAAGAGAAAGCCAAGUCAGGCCAUGACAAAGAACAGGAAAAAGAACUUAAGGCUCUAAGAUCUACUCUAGAGGACCAGAAACAGAGGAACAUACACUUAGAUGAACUUUUGGGACAACAGAAGCAAUUACUAAAUGAAUUGCAACAACAAAUGGAAUCACAGAGAAUGUUGUAUAAUGUGCAGUUAUCAGAAGAACAUGGCCGAAACUUAGAGCUUCAGGUUCUUCUGGAGGCUGAAAAAGUUAGGAUUCAGGAGAUGAAGGACACCCUAGACAAGGAACGGGAGCUGCAUAGCAAUCGUGGGCAGCCCAGGCCUGGCUUCCCUCCUGAGGAACUACUUCAAGAGCUACAGGGACAAUUAGAAGAAAAGCAGAAACGUAUAAUCGAACUCGUAAAUGAAACUCAAAAGUAUAAACUGGAUUCCUUGCAAGCGAAACACCAGAUGGAAAAGGACAGGCAGGUUCAUCAAAAGACAUUGCAGGAGGAAAAAGAAGCUAACACCUUGGGCCAGCAGAAAAUGGAGGAGCUGCAGAGCAAAGUGGAAGAGCUUCAGCGCCAGCUGCAGGAGAAAAGGCAGCAAGUGUAUAAACUAGACCUUGAAGGGAAGAGACUACAAGGGGUUAUGCAGGGAUUCCAACAGCAAGAGCUAAAGCGGAAGGGAAAACAGGGAAGUAGACAACUUAUAUAUCAGAAUAUUAAUGAGGGAGAUACUUGGACUUUUACUGAUGACCGAACUAGAAAUUGGGUUCUUCAACAGAAAAUGGAAGGAGAGAGCAAAGACACAAGCUAUGCAAAAUUGAUGGAGUUGAAUAGAGAAAAUGAUGAUGCUAAUAAUGACCUGGAAAUUAUCAUACAGAAACUUCAGCACGUGGCUACAAAACUUCAGCAACAUAUAGCCCAGAAAGCCUGUGACAGACUAGAGUUCGAAGUGUCGGAUAAGGAUGCUUUAAUUUGGGUUCAAGAAAGAAUUGAUCGAAUUAUUUUUCGAGUACAGAGACUAAGGGACCGACCAGAAGAUGAGCACAGCUUUGUAUCCUCCAGUUCCUCUUGUGGCUCUUUGAUAGAAACAGCUUUGAAACAGAACUCUGAACUAACAGGACAUAUUAACCAGCUGACUGAGGAAAAGAAUCACUUACGGAACAUCAUCAUGCAACUGGAAGAACAGUUAAAGUUUUAUCAGCAGACAAGAGCUGGUAGAAGUCGUUCCUCUAGAGUUUCACUUGAUGGUGGUGCUAACAUUGAGGACAUCAUUGCUUCAGAAAAAAAAGUCUGGAGCAAAGAAAAGUUGGCUCUUCAGAAAUCCCUGAAAAGGGCAGAAGCCAAAGUGUGUGAACUCAAAGCAGAGCUGAGAAAUGACGCCUUACAUCAGAAUCAGAGCCCUUACUCUGAGAAUGCUGUCUUCAAGAAAAUUUAUGGUAAAUAUUUGAGAGCUGAAAGUUUCCGAAAAGCUCUUGUAUUUCAGAAGAAAUACCUGCUGCUGCUCCUGGGGAGAUUCCAGGAGUGUGAGGAUGCCACCAUGGGGCUGCUUGCCCGCAUGGAAGGAUACCCAGUCUUUAGAGACCCUGAGAUGGUCCCUAGCCACACAAAAGGACUCACCAGGUUUCGAACUGCCAUUAGAGUGUCUAUGGCAAUUACCAGAAUGAAAUAUUUGGUUCGGCGAUGGCAUCGAGUCAAAAGUUCUGGACCCAUCAACAUUAACAGGGAUGACUUGGGAUUGAGUCCAGGUGUUGAAAAGACUGAUGCACUUUAUCACUCCACCAGUGGACUGGAACUAUGUGAAGAUCCAAGACACAUGACGUGCCGCUCAAGAUCUGACCUAGAUUUCCCUAGGUCGCCCUUAUCAUUCAAUAGGUAUCCAGGAAUGCUAGCUGAUUUAAAUGCUGCCUCCCUGACCUCCCCUCAACUCCAGCAUUACAAUCCUGGCAGAACUCUGACAGAUUAUGUCACCCAGAUGGACGCACUGCAAAGACGACUUGGGUCUACUUCACAGUCAGGUUUACCUGCUUUGCAGUUUCAUACUGGCAUGAGGAGAUAAUCCUCAAUUUUAUAUUGCCAUGAGGAGAUAACCUUCUGAAAGAAGUAUUAAUUGAAUUUCAAAUAGAUACCCUUUUGUAAGUCAACUGCUCUUUUGUGCUUUUUUAUUGUGAAAGUUCAAUGGGACCAAUACAAACAGCUUAUGAUUGUAUACAAAUCCUUGGAAGCACAUAAAGACAUACUGGAGAUUGUGUAUAUAAGCACUGUGUGUUCAUGCACAAAAAUCAUUAAAUUACAUGUAUAUUUGUGGAAUGCUAAUUUAAAUGAUUAAUUUAUAAACUAUGAGAUGGGUGAAAAGAUUAAACUUUUUCAAAUGAUGCUGCUAGAUGUGUAGCUUGCAGUGUCCUGCUCUUUUCUUACAAUGCUACAUGCUUGUGUCUAAUAUAUUUGCUGCUGGUGAUGAAGACAGUACACAUCACUUGUAGAGACCUAUUUUUGUAUAAUGGUAGAAAUUUGAACUUUACUGGGGUAUUUUGUCAAGUCCUGAAAUAAAAAUUUAACCAACUGUA